UUUUUUAAGGUUUAAAAAUCCUUGUUUGACUCAAAAGCAGGGAAGGGUGGAGAAGAAGGUGAAGAGUGAGUAGAUCUGAGUGUGAAGCAAAUUCUCCCAAAGUUUUCAUUUCUUUCAAUCAAAAGGGUCUUCAAGAGAUGCUCUGAACCUUCUUCUACUUUUCUGGUUCUCCAAUCACUCUCACUCUCACACUAUGCCUCGCCCGUGUUUCAACAAGCUUGUUCUUCCCAUAACCCUCCAAUCCAGACAACUGAGGAUUCCGGAUAGCUUUCUGAGGAAAUAUGGGGCCCAGCUUUCUACAAUUGCUACCCUCACUGUUCCUGAUGGUAGUGUUUGGCGUAUAGGAUUGAAGAAAGCUGACAACAGAAUUUGUUUUGUUGAUGGCUGGCAAGACUUUGUUCAACGCUACUCCAUCGGUGUUGGAUACUUUUUGGUAUUCAUGUAUGAAGGGAAUUCAUCAUUCAUUGUUCAUAUGUUUAAUUUGAGUACUUCUGAGGUAAAUUAUCAAUCAGCCAUGAGAAACCAUAAUGAAGGGCCUUGCUUUGCCAAUUAUCAUCAUAUUUUUGAUGAAAUGGAAGAUGUAGACUCCCUUGAUUUGUCAGAUUCCUCAUCUCCAUUCCUUACUCCUGGUGCAUUGCAAAACAAGGUUUUUGCUGGAUCUGUUGAUCAACUGACACCUGGGAAGAGUCAUACUCCAGCUUUGCAGAAUUUGUUCAAUGGUGGAUCAAAACUCAAUCGGGUAAACUGGGGAGAUGGUGGGAGUGCAUUUUCUUCAAAGGGUGCCAAUUCACAAGGCAAUCAGUCAACAACUAGAGACAUAGGUGUUCAGUUUAAUGCUGUUGAGUUUAAAAGGUCCACUGACGAAUUGAAAUUGCGGUAUUCUACUAAUGAGGAAGCAGCUAAUAAAACUGCAAAAAAGAAGCGGAAAUCAGAGCCCAAUGGCGAGGAACCCUCUGGUGAAAAUGAAGAGGAGGCCGAAAUGCGCUAUAGAUUUUAUGAAAGUGCAUCUGCGAGGAAAAGAACUGUGACAGCAGAAGAAAGAGAAAGGGCAAUUAACGCAGCAAAAGCAUUUGAACCGACUAAUCCUUUCUGUCGAGUUGUCCUGCGACCCUCCUAUUUAUAUAGGGGAUGCAUAAUGUAUUUGCCUUCGUGCUUUGCAGAGAAGAAUCUGAAUGGGGUUUCAGGAUUCAUUAAGCUUCAGUUGUCCAAUGGUAGACAGUGGUCUGUCCGAUGUCUCUAUCGGGGCGGCCGAGCAAAGUUAAGCCAAGGAUGGUUUGAAUUCACAUUGGAGAACAAUUUGGGGGAAGGUGAUGUUUGUGUGUUUGAGCUCCUUAGAGUGAGGGAAGUUGUGCUGCAAGUUACGAUAUUUCGUGUUACUGAGGAUGCAGGGUUGUUGAAUUCUCCUCCUAUGCAGCUACAGCAGCAGCAGCAGCAGUCGAGCCAAAACAUGAGCCACACCAAGCUCUUGAACCCUCACUUGCAGCAUCGCGUUAGUCCAACCAAAUUGGUUAGAAAUUAGCAGGGAGAGUUAAUUCCUGAUAGCAAAACCGUGUCAAUUAGCCCUUGCUUCUGAGUGAUCUGUUGUUCAUCUCAUUUCUUCACUUGGAACUUUGAUGCUUUACAUGUUCAUAAACAUUUGAACUUAGUUAUUGUAGUUUUGAUACAAAUAUCUUUUGCUUUUGACUUGGGUUGUAAAUAGAUUGUUCAUUUUAGUUUAUAAAAAAACUGAGUCGAAAUGCUUGUGUUAUUGCA